AUGAUCUUGAAGCUUCUAUUUUUGUUUCUGCAAGUUGCUGUUGGCACAGAUCUCCAGAAAGAUCUGAGAGAAUGCCCAGAUCAAGAUUUGGCAGAGAUUUGCAAUGGCCAGUGCGGACAGAAAUUUGUCGAGUGCAGGGAAGCAUGUACUGAUUCUAUUUGCGAGUCUGAGUGUCUCGCUUCAUUUUCAGCUUGCAUUGAUUCAUGUCCUUGUUAUCGAGAUUGUCCUGAAGGCUGCUUUGAUUGUGAGCAUCCUUUGUGCUUUUGCAAGGAUCCGGAAAUUACUAAUCCUACAUACAAGCAAUGCAUCGAAGAGGCGGGGCGUGAAUUGAAAGAUUGCGUAGUCAAUUGUGUGGCAAAUAAAGACUGCUUUGACCUUUGCUAUGGAAAUUUUACGGUCGCCUCGGAACGAUGCCCUUGCAUGGCUGAAUGUCCUGGCGGAUGUCCCUGUGAAAAUGGAUACAAUUGCCAACCGUUCAUUUUGGCUCUGGGUGAAUGGCGAGAUCACAGAAUCAGCUAUGUAAUUUCUUCGGAUGGCCAUUUUAUUGAAAAUCGACAUUUCGAUAUUCCAGAUGGCGAUGGAACGUACUCAUAUCUAGAAUCUGCUGGCUUCUCGAUUCUCAAUGGCGAAGUGUACAUUUUCGGGGAAAAUUUUCUGAUAAAAAAUCGCGAAACUUAA